UCUGUCCACUCCUUGAAGCGCCCAAUCUGUGCAUUCCUGCCGGUGAUAUGGAAUUAUUCACAGUAAAUCGCUACGAUGCGACGAAACUCAAUGAAGCCGACGAGAGGAAUCAAGAGGAACACAUUUUGAAACAGCUGCAGUCUCGCAAGGAAAAGAAAUCUAAGCGCGCAUCAAAGUUACCGGUAGAAAAUGAUGAAGUUGUGGGUCAAAAUGAGGAACCGCCAGCUACAAGAGAUUCAGAGGAGCAGGCCGAUUGCACAGCUGACCCUGGGAUCGAUGAGAACACCCUCGUUCCGGAAGUAACAGAUGCUCAGGAUAAACAAGAAACAGCAGAUGAUGAUGAAACGAAGGAAAACGACACCCAAGUCGAUGGCCAGACGCAACAAUCCGAAAUAGAUGCAAAGAAAUUAGGAGAUUUUAUUGUUCUGGGAGGAGAUAAAUUGCAUCGCCCUCAGAAAACAGAUGAAGUUCUUCCGCCGUGGUUAUCUCAUCCUACAGUUAUUGAGAGUGAUCUUUCCACCAAAGGUCCUUCAAUCAAGAAACAACCCUAUUUGGAAGAAGUUAUUAAAAAAAAUUUGAAAAGCAUGGGCUUCAAACAAUUGUUUCCCGUGCAGCAUCAAGUUAUUCCGUGGAUACUAGAAGCUCACCGUAAGCCAGCUCCAUUCUGGCCGCGCGAUGUUUGUAUCUCUUCCCCUACCGGUAGCGGUAAAACACUAGCCUUCGCCGUACCGAUUGUUCAACUGCUGCUUAAACGAGUCGCACCCGCAAUUAGAGCCCUGAUAAUCCUUCCUGUACAAGAGCUUGCGGAGCAAGUCCACGAUGUGUUCAAGAAACUCUGUGCAGGUACCAACCUACGACCGAUUGUUCUCUCGAGAAAACAAUCGUUUCAUUUAGAGCAGACGAAACUGGUGGAAUGCUUCAACGGAGAGUACAUCCAGAAGGUGGACAUCGUGGUGACGACGGCUGGUCGCCUGGUGGAGCAUCUUCAUUCAACCCCCGGUUUUACAUUGCGACAGCUUCGAUUCCUGAUCAUCGACGAAGCGGAUCGUGUAAUGAACCAGAUUCAAAAUGACUGGCUCUACCAUCUGAACAAACACGUGAAGCAAGAAUCGGAUGAAUAUUUGCUGGGCCAUGCAGCUGGACAACUCUCGCAAACAGAACUUUUUGAUAGACCACGUCAACCUCACAAACUGCUCUUUUCGGCCACCCUCAGUCGCGAUCCGGAAAAACUGCAGACAUUCAAAUUAUUCCACCCAAAACUGUUCACAGCCGUACCGAAUAUGCCGAUGAUGAUGAAACCGGCGCGUCCAACUAACGCCAAGAAUUCCGAACAGUUACGUGGAAAGUUCAUUGGUCAGUACACGACGCCUUUGGAGCUAAAGGAAUUAGUGUGCUUCACACAGUACCGCAUCAAACCGCUGACUUUAUUCGCAUUGAUUCGCGAAAACGGCUACAAGAAAUUUUUGGUCUUCACCAACUCCAUUGACGCCGCGCAUCGUCUUUCUUUCGUUCUGCAACGACUCUUUGGAACUGAUUUGCUAAUAGAAGAGUGGUCAUCGUCGCUCACUCCAACGGCUAGGCGAUCCGUUUUGAGUCGGUUCAACCUGGGUAAGGUAAACGGAAUCAUCAGUACGGAUGCGUUAGCACGUGGUAUCGAUAUCGACGAUAUCGAGGUGGUCAUUUCGUACGAUAUGCCACGGCAUAUUAACACGUACAUCCAUCGCAUUGGUCGUACGGGUCGUGCUGGUAAUCGCGGUACAUCUAUUAUGAUGUUAAUAGAUGAGGAAAAGAGUAAAUUUAAUACGCUGCUUAAAGAAGCUGGAAAAAAUGAACUCAAUGCAAUCGACAUAAAAUCGUCUACAGAGGAAGAGUUUGCAGGAACAUAUUUGUCUGCUCUCAACGAUUUACGCGAUGCACUGGAGCUAGAAAAGCAAACCAUCAUAAAGAUUCGAAAUGGCAUGACCAUUGCCAAUAUGACGAAACUUAAUCUGCUCUCAAAGCUGAAGGAACGGGUGAAAGCUGGAAAUGAAAAUACAACGGAACUCAUCAAAUCACUUCCGUACGUUCCGCAAAGCUGGUCGAACACAAGCAUCGAGAAAAAGGCCGGCAAGGAACCUGGGCGUAAGAAGCGAAAGUUGGCCGAUACCGAGAAAGCAACGAAUGAAAAGGCUGAAGACCCAUCGUUGAUGCAACCGGAAGCGAAAAAGAAUCGCUGGAGGAAUAAAACGGACAACGUUGAACUUCCCACGCAACUAGCGUCAACCAAGGCAUCGUGAGUUUAUGGCUGCAGGAUUCUUUUAUCUACCUUCGAAGAGGUACGCAUGUUCAAGUAAUUUAUCUUUUUGCUAGACGUAAUUGAAGAGGUUUUUUAUUAUAAAUAAACCCUCAUCAUCUAAAAAUUACUUGAACGUGCUACUUCAUCCGAAGAAACCUCGGAUACACGACGCUAAGCAUAUAAAAUAAAUAUAUUUCAACAAUGUCACACUAC